GUUCCAAGCACUGUUCGAUUUACAUGCAAUCAGUUCGGUCUUAAAUCGACUAUAUAGCUUAUCGCGUUUAACUUCGUGCUGGAGAAAAUUAUUUUUGUCAGAAUCAGCAGAAUAUAUAAAACAUUCAAUAAUGCCUGCUAAAGCUGUAUGUGUAAUUAACGGUGAUGCUAAGGGUACCGUUUUCUUCGUGCAGGAGAAUGCUAAUUCGCCUGUAAAAGUGUCGGGUGAGGUCUUGGGACUCUCCAAGGGUCUACAUGGUUUCCAUGUGCAUGAAUUUGGAGACAACACCAACGGCUGCACAUCGGCUGGUCCCCAUUUCAAUCCAGCUGGAAAAGAGCAUGGAGCACCAACCGACGAAAACCGCCAUUUAGGCGAUUUGGGCAACAUUGAAGCCAGUGGCAAUGGUUCGACAAAGGUUGAUAUCUGCGAUAAUCAGAUUACACUGUUUGGCCCCAACAGCAUCGUUGGACGCACUAUUGUUGUGCACGCUGAUCCUGAUGACUUGGGCAAAGGUGGUCACGAAUUGAGCAAGUCGACAGGCAAUGCUGGUGCACGACUUGGUUGCGGUGUCAUUGGCAUUUGUAAGGCUUAAACGCUGAAGAGACGACUAUAAAGCACCAUAUUUUGAUUGAAAAAUAGUUUGGAAACUUUAUAAACAUAUAAAUAUAUAGAAAUAGCUUCAUAUGUUAUAAAAUAUUGCACUUAGCACUUCAGGAACUGAAUAAAAAUAAUGCAUGUAACUCAAAGUUACCGCUUACUGUUGGGAACUAACAAGUAUAUUGAAAUUAUAAAUAAAAAAUGGUGAAAUGCAGAACGAAA